UUAGAAUUUGUCUAGCAGGUUUUCUGACUUCGGUUGGAAAACCCCUCCCAAUCUGACUGGUUUGUAAUAGCAGCAAGUAGUUACUGUCCCCGCCGAGCUGUCGGUUGGGGGGCUUUGGGCCCACUCUAGUUUCCUAGGAAGUACGCGUGUGCUAGGUUCACGCUCGGGGACUUCCGCCUCCUGCAAUACAGCUUCCUUUCUGCCUCCACUGGUCCGCAGCCGUGGGGGAGGCGGCUGGCUGCAGGCUCCUCCGGAUCUCAGUGUUCACACUACUCAAGCACCGAGUGGCGUCCUAUGGCGUCCGCCUCGGCUCAGCCUGCGGCUCUGAGCGCAGAGCAGGCCAAGGUGGUCUUGGCGGAGGUGAUCCAAGCGUUCUCGGCCCCAGAGAACGCCGUGCGUAUGGACGAGGCUAGAGACAAUGCGUGCAACGAUAUGGGCAAGAUGCUGCAAUUCGUGCUGCCCGUAGCCACACAGAUCCAGCAGGAGGUUAUUAAAGCCUAUGGCUUCAGCUGCGACGGGGAAGGUGUCCUUAAGUUUGCCCGCCUGGUCAAGUCUUACGAAGCCCAAGAUCCUGAGAUUGCCAGCCUGUCAGGCAAGCUAAAGGCCUUGUUCCUGCCACCCAUGACACUACCACCCCACGGGCCUGCUUCCGGAAGCAGUGUGGCUGCCUCCUGAGAUUGAUUCUUUUCUGUGUGCCGCUGCUAUGAAGGAGGCCCUUGUGUUCCAGAGGAUAAUAAAUGUGCUUGUGGCUAAA